AUGGUUAGAACAGCUGUUAUAUUCCUUGAAAGAGCCACCCCUGGUACUUUAACAGAAUUUAAAGAUGCAUUAUCUAACAUGCUUUCGUCAAUUCUAGAUCCAUGGUCUGUUGAGUUUAAAACUUAUAGAUGCUCGAUUAAAAAUUUACCUGAAGGUUCUUCAAAAGUUAUGCAUUCUGUUUCGUUUUCUCACCAUGACAAACGUUCUAUACUGAUUCAAAACAAAAAUGCCAUUAUUACUACUUCAAAUUCCAAAGAUAUACCAAAUUCAUUGAUUUUUAAUGGUUGUAGCACUGGUACUGCUGAACCAAUUGAUAGUAUAUUAUCAACAAAAUUGUCAAAUAUUUGGAGCCAGAGACAAGGUAUAAGAGGUGAUGCAGGUGAAACUUUGAAAACUGCUGAACUUUUAGUAAGAGCUGUAAAUUUAUUCUCAUCAACUGGAUUUAAAGGCUUGUUAAUUGAAUUAGAAUCAAUUGAAGAUAUCUCUGAAGAUGAAUUUAUGAAAAGUUUACAAAAUAUACGAUCAAUUCUAAAUGACAUAAAUUCAAAAGAUUUUAAAGUAUCUACCGACCAAUUGUACCCUGAUAAACAAAACUAUUUAGGUGAUUUAGCAUAUCAAUACGUUCGUGUUUUAGAAGUAUGA